AUGGCCCAACCCUUUCGCAUACGGGAGCAGUUGACCCAUCCUGAAGAUACAGAGUUCCUGGUAGCGGCGUUCGACUCAUGCAUACCCUACUGCGAAUCCGUCGGCUCCGGCGGCAUGUGGGGGAGCCAGCCCUUCAGCGCCAAAGACGGGUUCCUGAAGAGCACCCAGGACGACGUGCUGCACUCGGAGCGCUACAGGACCACAGGUGAGGGCGAGGAGGCCGUGCGGAUCUUCGUGGCCGAGCAGCCGGUCAGCGGCGCGGAGGACGAUGGCCUCUGCUACAGGACAGAGGCCGCGCAUGGAGACGGUCAGCACUCCGCAGCAAGGUAUCUCAAGCUCGGGGCCGCCAUGGUGAGGAUGAACUGGUUCCCGCCGUAUGUGCGGGGCCAGGCUCGUCUGAAAUCUGCAGUCCAGGAGGCAGAGGAGGCGGGGGACUGGGUGUAUGUCGAGGUCAUAAUAUCUGAUUUUCGUGCCCCCGAGACUUCGAGGAAGGGAGUUGGUGUCGCGCUGCUGGAUUACAUCAGGGACUUUUCGGUCGGGAGGGGAGCGAGCACGGUAUUUGUCGAUGCGUGGUCAGGGAACGCUGGGAAGCUGGUUCGUCUUUAUGAGUUGAAUGGGUUCACGGCGGAGAAAGACUUCUUCGUCGAAAGGAAUGAUAAAGAACCAUGGCCUGCAGUGUUAUUACGACGAGAUCUAGGAAAUGCAAGCGCAUAA